UAAACCGGCCACCGGAAGCUUCCGGAACUUCCGUCCGACCUUUGAUCCCCAUUGUUCCUGCUUCCUCUUCGUCAUGAUUGGUCCUCGAGACUUCCAUCAGGCACCAAGCCCCGCUCCCUCUCGCGAGAUCCAAGCAAGUACUUUCCAGGACGUUUCUGUGGUUGCUGCGGUGCCAGGUCCUGGCAAGAGCGCGAAAGAUCUGAAAUAAGUACGUUUCCCAGAUUUGGAUGGAAGAUAUAACCGAAAUUUGUUUUUCAAUAAAGCAUCUUUGUAUCAGCAUUUAAUUACUGCAAGUGUUUUUACCAGCCUUUUGACCUCUCGCGUGCCCGUUCCUAACAUUGUGGCUCUACCCUCUAUGUUCGCGAAGCUCCGGUGCCUCUAGGAAGGCCCCGCCCUCACCGCGACGCGUUCUCGUCAGGCCACGCCCCCACCUAAAGUCCUUAAGUACGCCGUCUGUCACGUCACUUUCACGCGACCUCAUCUUUGUCAGUGCACAAAAUGGCGCCUUACAGCCUACUGGUGACCCGGCUGCAGAAAGCCCUGGGUGUGCGGCAGUACCAUGUGGCCUCAGUCCUGUGCCAACGGGCCAAGGUAGCCAUGAGCCACUUUGAGCCCAAUGAGUACAUCCGCUAUGACCUGCUAGAGAAGAACAUUAACAUUGUUCGCAAACGACUGAACCGGCCUCUGACCCUCUCAGAGAAGAUUGUGUAUGGCCACCUGGAUGACCCAGCCAACCAGGAGAUUGAGCGGGGCAAGACGUACCUGCGGUUGCGGCCGGACCGUGUGGCCAUGCAGGAUGCCACGGCCCAGAUGGCCAUGCUGCAGUUCAUCAGCAGCGGGCUGCCCAAGGUGGCUGUGCCAUCCACCAUCCACUGUGACCACCUGAUCGAGGCCCAGGUCGGGGGUGAGAAAGACCUUCGUCGUGCCAAGGACAUAAACCAGGAAGUAUAUAAUUUCCUGGCAACUGCAGGUGCCAAGUAUGGCGUGGGCUUCUGGAGGCCUGGAUCGGGGAUCAUUCACCAGAUCAUUCUGGAAAACUAUGCAUACCCUGGGGUUCUUUUGAUCGGCACCGACUCCCACACCCCCAAUGGGGGAGGCCUGGGGGGCAUCUGCAUUGGGGUCGGGGGUGCUGAUGCAGUGGACGUCAUGGCUGGGAUCCCCUGGGAGCUGAAGUGUCCCAAGGUGAUUGGUGUGAAGCUGACAGGCUCGCUGUCUGGCUGGACCUCUCCCAAAGAUGUCAUCCUGAAGGUGGCAGGCAUCCUGACAGUGAAAGGUGGCACGGGUGCCAUUGUGGAGUACCAUGGGUCUGGCGUAGACUCCAUCUCCUGCACUGGCAUGGCGACAAUCUGCAACAUGGGUGCAGAAAUUGGGGCCACCACCUCAGUGUUCCCCUACAACCACAGGAUGAAGAAAUACCUGAGCAAGACUGGCCGGGCAGACAUUGCCAAUAUAGCUGAGGAAUUCAAGGAUCACUUGGUACCUGACCCUGGCUGCCAUUAUGACCAACUGAUUGAAAUUAACCUGAGUGAGCUGAAGCCGCAUAUCAACGGGCCCUUCACCCCCGACCUGGCCCACCCUGUGGCAGAAGUCGGUAAUGUGGCUGAGAAGGAAGGGUGGCCCCUGGACAUCCGUGUGGGUCUGAUUGGCAGCUGCACCAACUCCAGUUAUGAGGACAUGGGGCGCUCUGCAGCGGUGGCCAAACAAGCGCUGGCCCAUGGGCUCAAGUGCAAGUCCCAGUUCACCAUCACACCAGGCUCUGAGCAGAUCCGCGCCACCAUCGAGCGGGACGGCUACGCACAGAUCCUGCGGGACGUGGGCGGCAUCGUUCUGGCCAACGCCUGUGGCCCCUGCAUUGGCCAGUGGGACCGAAAAGACAUCAAGAAGGGGGAGAAGAACACCAUCGUCACCUCCUACAACAGGAACUUCACAGGCCGCAAUGAUGCCAACCCCGAGACCCAUGCCUUCGUCACGUCCCCAGAGAUUGUCACAGCCCUGGCCAUUGCCGGCACUCUCAAAUUCAACCCAGAAACUGACUUCCUGACAGGCAAGGAUGGCACGAAGUUCAAGCUGGAGGCCCCGGAAGCAGAUGAGCUUCCCCGCGCGGAGUUUGACCCUGGGCAGGACACCUACCAGCACCCCCCCAAGGACAGCAGUGGACAGCGGGUGGACGUGAGCCCCACCAGCCAGCGCCUGCAGCUCCUGGAGCCUUUUGACAAGUGGGAUGGUAAAGACCUGGAGGACCUGCAGAUCCUUAUCAAGGUCAAAGGGAAGUGCACCACUGACCACAUCUCAGCUGCUGGCCCCUGGCUCAAGUUCCGUGGGCACUUGGACAACAUCUCCAACAACCUGCUCAUUGGUGCCAUCAACGUCGAAAAUGGCAAGGCCAACUCUGUGCGCAACGCCAUCACCCAGGAGUUCGGCCCUGUCCCUGACACUGCCCGCUACUACAAGAAACAUGGCAUCAAGUGGGUGGUGAUUGGAGAUGAGAACUACGGUGAGGGCUCCAGCCGGGAGCACGCGGCACUGGAGCCUCGUCACCUCGGGGGCCGGGCCAUCAUCACCAAGAGCUUCGCCAGGAUCCAUGAAACCAACCUGAAGAAGCAGGGCCUGCUGCCCCUCACCUUUGCUGACCCAGCUGACUACAACAAGAUCCACCCUGUGGACAAGCUGACAAUCCAGGGCCUGAAGGACUUUGCCCCUGGCAAGCCCCUCAAAUGCAUCAUCAAGCACCCCAAUGGCACCCAGGAGAUCAUCCUCCUGAACCACACCUUCAAUGAGACCCAGAUCGAGUGGUUCCGGGCCGGCAGCGCACUGAACAGGAUGAAGGAGCUGCAGCACUGAGACCCGCUGCCCAGCCACUUCACCCACUGCCUGACUGCCUGCUGCCUUGGACCCAGCUCAGCAUCGUUUAUAAGUGCAGCCCGUGUGCUCUAUCAGAACCAGACUGGAGCCGGGCCAGCCACAGUGUCCUGCCCCAGACAGUGUGGUCAGACACUCCUGCCCUCCCCUCCUCAGCCCACUGAGUGACCAUGGGUGGUUCUCAAACCACCCUGCCUUCCCGGUUCUAGUUUGGUUCCAGUCUUAAGCAGUUCUGUGCACUCUAUUUAUUUUUUAUGACAAGACACCCAUCUAAAGAAGUUUUUCUCCUGCCUGAUCAUUUCACUGGUGGCUGAAGGAUUUGAGAGAACCUUUUAUUCUUGCAAGGAAAAUAAGAACCACAGUUCAGUGACUGCUACUGUGUGCGCUUGGUAUCUGGGCUGUUAUUGGCGCCAGGGUCCGGGAGGGUCUUCUCAGCCAAGGGCAGCAGAGGCCCCGGCAGCACAGCCGCAGGUGGACACUGCAGCAGAGGAGACGGAGCCGCA